AAAAACAAAAACAAAAACCGGACGUUUAAUGAAUGAACCCACACACGCACUAGCUGCCACUGCUGACCCACGCCGACCGCAUCUAGCUAACCCCCGCGAAGCCCAAAAGAGCAUCAUCAUUUCCGCGGCUAGGCUAACGUUAGCAUUAGCAUUAGCCACAUACCUUCCGCGACAUCCUCAUCUAUGGCGCCUUUCACUUGGGAGAAACACCACUGGAAAUCAUUUCCUCCUGCAACCCCUGCAACAUAGUUUCAACAAAAGAAGUGAGAGUUUAGCCAAGUAUCACGUUGACAAGCCAGGCCAUCAUUCUUCACACACAGCUAGCGAGGUGGAGGAUAUAAAGUAUCUCACCCGCCAUUGCUUCAUUUAGCAGCUUUUACUCUCCACCGCCUUACGAUAAAACCCCCCACCCCCGAUGACCAGCGCGCCUCUACUCGGGAGAAACGGUUCAGGAUCCACAAUCCGAGGGUGAAGACUUCAGGGUCUGUCAGGAGCACACAAAUUAUCCGUGAUUUUUUUUUCCUUUUUUUUUCUCUCUCGCUUUCCAAAAUGGCGCACGGUACAUGGAGCGGUGACGUCAUGCGCACCAUGCAUCUUGCACGCAGCAUCACUGACCGUCCUCCGCCUGGCCAGCUAAAAAAGCCAGGAGGCCCAGCGAUGAGCCAUCACCGGAGGUGAUAUGAUUCACACGGUAUGAUUCGAUACGAUUCCGACGGUGGAGGGUCGCCGCGGGUCGGACAUGGCGAAGGACACGCCCCUUCUCCCCGCUGCCUCAUCGGAGUCGGCCUGGCCCGGGCACACUACGAGAAGCAGCCCCCUUCCAACCUCCGGAAGUCCAAUUUUUUCCACUUUGUUCUGGCCCUUUAUGACAGACAGGGACAGCCGGUGGAGAUCGAGAGGACUGCUUUUGUCGACUUUGUGGAGAAAGACAAAGAGCCAACCAGUGAAAAAACUAACAAUGGGAUACAUUACAAACUACAGUUAUUGUACAGCAAUGGCGUCAGAACAGAACAGGAUCUUUACAUUCGGUUAAUCGAUUCCAUGACAAAGCAGGCCAUCAUCUACGAGGGCCAGGACAAGAACCCAGAGAUGUGCAGAGUUCUUCUCACGCAUGAAAUCAUGUGCAGCCGAUGCUGCGACAAGAAAAGCUGCGGCAACAGGAACGAGACCCCGUCGGACCCGGUGAUCAUCGACAGAUUCUUCCUCAAGUUCUUCCUCAAGUGCAACCAGAACUGUCUGAAGAAUGCAGGGAACCCACGAGACAUGCGCAGAUUCCAGGUUGUCGUAUCGACGACGGUCAACGUGGACGGCCACGUGCUGGCCGUGUCCGACAACAUGUUCGUGCACAACAACUCCAAGCACGGGCGAAGGGCUCGCAGACUGGACCCUUCAGAAGCAGCCACCCCGUGCAUCAAGGCUAUCAGCCCCAGCGAGGGAUGGACCACCGGCGGCGCCACCGUCAUCAUCAUCGGCGACAACUUCUUCGACGGCCUCCAAGUGGUGUUCGGCACCAUGCUCGUAUGGAGCGAGCUGAUCACGCCCCACGCCAUCCGCGUCCAGACUCCACCUCGGCACAUCCCCGGCGUGGUGGAAGUCACGCUGUCCUACAAGUCCAAGCAGUUCUGCAAAGGCGCCCCUGGGAGAUUUGUCUACACCGCCCUGAACGAGCCCACCAUCGACUACGGCUUCCAGAGGCUGCAGAAGGUCAUCCCCAGGCACCCCGGCGACCCCGAGAGGUUACCAAAGGAGGUGUUACUGAAGCGGGCGGCUGACCUGGUGGAGGCCCUGUAUGGGAUGCCCCACAACAAUCAGGAGAUCAUUCUGAAGAGGGCAGCUGACAUCGCUGAGGCCUUGUACAGCGUUCCCCGCAACCACAACCAGAUCCCCUCUCUCGCCAACACCGCCUCCCACGGCAUGAUGGGAGUCAACUCCUUCAGCAGCCAGCUAGCCGUCAACGUGUCUGAGUCCCAAGGCAACGACCAAGUGGGCUACAGCCGGAACACCAGCAGCGUGUCCCCCCGGGGUUACAUCUCCAGCAGCACCCCCCAGCAGUCCAGCUACAACACGGUCAGCAACAGCAUGAACGGCUAUGGCAACGCUGGCAUGAACCUGGGUGUGCCCAGCUCCCCCGGCUUCCUCAACGGCUCCUCUGCCAACUCCCCGUAUGGAAUUAAACAAAAGAGCGCCUUCGCCCCUGUGGUCCGACCUCAGGCCUCCCCACCCCCCUCCUGCACCAGCGCCAACGGCAACGGACUGCAAGGUGAGCCCCCCUCACCCCCUCAUCCUUUCCCCACGGACUACUGGUCAGAUACCGCUGCUCAGGCCUCUGUCCGGUUUGCCAUGUCCGGCCUCGUGGUCCCGCCCAUGUAAAAAAAAAAAAGCACUUUUUGAACGCCAGUCCACCACUUUUACCGGGACAAGCGCGCCCCCCCUCAACCCCCCUCUCUCGGCACACGGCUGGUGUAUAAUGUAUAGUCGACUGCUUGUUCUGUUUUUAAAGAUGGAGGUAACAAAAAAAUUUAAAAAAUGUCAAAAUGACUUUCAACCCUCGCCCCCGAAGAGAAAAAGGAUUUCAUGAGGAGGAUUUUUUUCAUUUUAAUUUUUUUUUCUGGGACUUUUUAUUUAGUAUUUUUUGGUGUGACCCUCCCCCCCCCCCCUCCCCCCUCCCUCCUCCACCCCUGACGAGGACACGUGAUGAUGAAGGGUUUAUUUUGUAUACGCAUUCAAUACUGGAAGGGACUCCGCGUUGUACAGUAAAAAAAACAAAAAAAAAACACUGAUGUACAGUAACAUUUGCCAAUAUCAACUUGUGUCCCCCCCCCCUCCUGUUCCAACUUUAUAAUGUGACUUUUUUUGUUUGUUGUUGUUGUAUUUUUAAACGUGUGCGGGGGUUGGGGGGAGAACAACACCGGGGCCAAGACCGUGUCAACUGGAAAUGAUAUUGAUCUUAAAAAAAAGGCGAGGGGGGGUAAGAGAAAAGCGGGGGGUCCAUGUUUCAUUCCUGCAUUUUAACUUAAAUUUUGUAAUUUAUUGUAGCUAGAAAAAUGUCAUGAAGAAAAGGAGAAGAAUCCUCUUGGAGUCGACAAGCACACUGAUGAUGUGUACAGAAGCACUGCUCCGUUCAUGAUGAUGAUGUACUUCCACGCCUAGAGCUUCCUUUUUAAGCAAGUGUGUUUUUCCCGCCAUUGUCACCGCCCCGUCGGUCCGCGCAUGCGCGAAGACGACGACACUUCCUCCUUUACGGCAGCCAUGAUUGAGCACGUCGCCGCUUAAAACAAAGGUAAUACCGUGUUUUUUUUGGUCAUCUUUAUUCGAAUAACAAUGUCAUAUUAAGUAAGCAAACGUUAUUUAUAAAGCAGUGUUUAUUUUUAAACCGUACAGAAACAUUGAACGAUGUGCUCAGCAGCCUUAAAUGGCAAAGAAAUCAAUCUUUUUUUUUUUUUACUACUUUAUUUACAUCACUGACCAUUUAAAAGGCCGCAUAUAGAUUUGAGUUACAGUAAGUGCCUUUUUAAAAAAAAAAUAGAUCGACAUUUUAAUAAAUAAAUGCGCCCCCGUGUGUCAUUUAUUGGCAUGACAGGGAAAGUUGUUUAAAAUGUGGCGAUACUACAUCGUUUUUUUUUUCUUAUCCUACCCCAUGAUCAUGUUUAUAUUCGUGUUCCCUUUUUUAUUCCGAUAUGUUUUAUUAGUACAAAACAAUCAUUAAAUAUUGAAAUAUCACACAACACGACGGCAAAGCUCGUCGUACAAAAAAAGAAAAAUAUAUAUGGACGUCGUCUUCGCGCCACAGGAAGUGACGUCCAUGCCCGCUCGUCUCUUCCGGUGCCGACGGCGCGGUGACCGCCAUGUUUUCCCAAACCUUUUUGCUAGCACUGUAUAUUAACGCAUUCCUAGGCUACUGUGAAAGUCUGUUUCUUGGCGAAGAGGAGCAGCCUCCCUCCUUCUAGAAGCUCCGACGCCCUUCUGUGUUUUCUAUGUGGUUUGAACAAACACACACACACACACACACACACAAAAUAAUUGUAGACUAUUGUGAUAUUGCCAAACUUGUGCUAAAUAUUUAUACAUCUGUCUUUUUCAUGUUCUUUUAGAUCGACACCAAAAAAUAAAAAAAAAAGUUUAAAAAAAAUUAAAAACAACAUUAAAAAAAGACAAAACAAAUCCAUUGAGAAUGUAGGCGUAAAGUAGUUACAUUGUCAUAUUUCUGUUCCAACACACACUUGCGCUCACUGAGGGACAUUUUGUAACAUAUCAACUAUAAAUAAUGUAUUUAUCUCUGAAAUUUUGUAUAUUGCUUUUCAUUCUGUAUGUAUUAAUCGUCAUGCCCUUAAUAUAGUGAUGCAGCACAGAUAAUUCAGCCAAGAAAUGUUGCCUUCAUUUGUUUCUUUUUUGUAUUGAUUGAUGAAAUGCAACGUGCAUAUAUUUCAUGUAUUCGCUACAAAACUUGUGUUAUACUCUUGUCACAUUUUCCUUUUUUCUCGUUUUUUUUAUUUUAAAGGGGAAGUCAAACUUCAUUGUUUAUUUUUGUAUUGAUUUUAAAUUAUCUAUACGGACCAUUUUGGAGAAAACUUUGUUGGUUGUAUUGUCAAAUAAAUUGUUUGUGACCCAUAUGAUAGUUGUUAAGAUCCAAUAGAGACUAAUGUGCAUGAGGGACAACCUUGGAGAUAUAUAUAUAUAAAAAGAAAAAAAUCAACAACAAAAAAAAGAAACAACACUCCAUUUGUGGUUGUAUUAUUUUCUGUUUUGUAGAAUGUAAAGAAGUCAUUUUUACUCACCACUUAUGACUCUGCCACAUAGCUUACACGUGUUUACAGGGGAGAACAAUUAAAAACAUUUGGAAUGGAAAAGAGAAAUGUUGUUCUAAGUCUUUGGAGGACGCACCUCGAAGAUGCGUUUACUCCUACUCUUGACACGGAAAACUACAAACAUGCCUCCUUUUACAGGAAGGGACGAUCAUAAACAGUUGGGAUGGAAAAGGAAAUGAGGUCUAAUUGAAAUUUAAAAGCAAAAUACACCUUUUUCUAAACCUCUGAGAUACUUUUACUCCUACUCUUGACACGGAAAACUACAAACAUGCCUCCUUUACAGGAGGCACCGAUUAUAAACAGUUGGGAUGGAAAAGGAAAUGAGGUCUAAUUGAAAUUUAAAAGCAAAAUACACCUUUUUCCAAACCUCUGAGAUACUUUUACUCCUACUCUUGACACGGAAAACUCCAAAUAGCUGACAUGCCUCCUUUACAGGAGAGAACAGUUGGAAAUUAGGUCUAAUUGAAAUUUAAAACCAAUGUACACCUUUUUCUAAACCUGAGAUACUUUUACUCCUACUCUUGACACGGAAAACUCCAAAUAGCUGACAUGCCUCCUUUACAGGAGAGAACAGUUGGAAAUUAGGUCUAAUUGAAAUUUAAAACCAAUGUACACCUUUUUCUAAACCUGAGAUACUUUUACUCGGACUCUUGACAUGAAAAACUGCAAAUAGCCGACAUGCCUCCUUUACAGGAGAGAGCAGUUAAAACAGUUGGGAUGGAAAAGG